AUGGUGCACGCCGUUGAUCCAGUCAUGCCGUCGGCCACCGUCGCCUCUGCUGGGUCUCGCCCCCGCAAGGGCACCUUCUUCGAGAUCCCCGUCUCCUCUACCUCUCACCCCGACAAUCCGAUCCCAGAAGAGCCGCGCGGCGUACGGUCUCUCUCGGUGACCGAUAUCAACUUCAAUGGCUUGGCCGUCUCCCAAGAUACCGACUCGGCUAGCGACGAUUCUGCUUCCACCCCUAUCACUCCUCCCCAGAGCGAUGAAGAAUCGACCCAGAAGCCCAGUGGCCGUCAGCGCCGGGCCUCGACAAUCCUCAUCUCUCGGAAUUCGGAGGACAUGCGGAGAGUGUUGGAGAAUGUCGGGACGGGUGGUACGCAGAAGAUCCAAUCGAUGUGCUGCGGCGGCGGCUGUUGCCGUGGACAGCAAUUGCAGGCGCUCGAUGGGCCUAUCUCGGGCUUCAAUUCGAUCGCUGCUCCGGCGAACAAGGCAUUCGAGAGCCUCGGCUUGAAUCUAGAUCUUCUCACCCUGGACAGCACGCUGUCCAACAUGGCCCCGCUGCCGGAGAAGACGGUAUGGUUCUCGUCGGCCCCCGCAUACGCCGCCAGUGUUCAGCUUGGCCCCGCGGAUCAUCCCCCGCAAUUUGUGCAACCGCAUCCUCCUUAUGAGGUUUAUCGCGCUCCCCUUCAUCAUGCCCGAGAGUUGACUAAGAAUGGCGCCGAGAAGCGCACCUAUCACUUCGACAUCGACGUCACCAAUUACCCCGCCGAGAGUGGAAUGGUGGAUUUUGUCGUCGGUGGAGCCAUUGGCGUGUGUCCCAAGAACAAAGAUGAAGAGGUCGAAGAUAUCCUCGAUUUGCUUGGUGUGCCCAAGUCAAUGCGAGAUAAGAAGGUUCUUAUGCGCACGACCAAGGGCCGCUGGCCGACCAUUUGGGGCGACGACAAACCGCGCGAAUUGAUCACUACCCGGCGUGAGGUCUUGAGCUGGUGCUCAGACAUCCAGAGCUACCCUCCGACCAAGCCUCUCUUCCGUCUGUUGGCCGAAUACACCACCGAGCUAAAUGAGAAGAAAGUCCUCGAAUACCUCUCCUCCGCCCAGGGUCAAGGUGCCUUCUGCGAUCUCCGGACCGACUCUCACAUCAGCCUUUCUCAGCUUCUCCACGCCUUCCCGUCUUCUCAACCCCCACUCGAUCACUUACUCUCCGUGCUUAACACCCUCAUGCCUCGCUUCUACUCUCUUUCCCAAGAUCCUCUCAUCUCCUGCCAAUUCAAGGGCACCGAAUGCCGUCGCCUGGUCGAGGUCGCUGUCUCAGUCGCCGAGUCUGACGACUGGCGCGGCGGCUCCCGGACCGGUGUGAGCUCUGGCUACCUGGAGCAACUCGCGCGGCGCGCCAUUGCCGCCGAGGCUGCUGGCGAAAAACACGAUAUCCACAUUCCAAUGUUCCGCGGCCUGAUGGCUAACCCUCUAGCCAAACGGUUCGCUUCCGAUGGACCGAUGCUUCUCAUCGGCGCCGGCGUGGGCAUCGCUCCAUUCCGCGGAUUCGUUCAGCGCCGUCUACAGUCUGCCAACUGCGCCAACAAGGUCUGGGUGCUUCAGGGCGUGCGUGACUCCUUGCUUGAUGAGCUCUAUAGCGGUGAAUGGGGUGUCCACGAAGACAAAGUUCGCACCGUUGUGCAAAGCCGCCGUGGUGAGAGCCGCUACGUCCAGGAGGAGGUACGGCACCAGGCCGACCUGGUUUGGUAUGUUAUCAAUGCUCUUGAUGGCCGUGUCUUUGUUUGCGGGAGUGGCAAAGGCAUGGGCGAGGGUGUCGAGGCCGCCCUUGUUGAAGUUGCCAUGGCCAAGGGUAACCUGAAUGCCACGGAAGCAGAGCUUUUCUGGCAACGUAAGAAGGAGGCAGGCCAGUAUAUCGCUGUAGGUGUUACCGACGUUCUUCUGUUUUAG